AUGUCCACCGUAGAGUGGAGUUUAUCUAAUACUUUUCCUUUACCUUAUCGUGUACUUGUUAUCUCUGUAAUAGGACUUUGGGCAUGGGGAUCUAAUUUACAAAUACUUUCGUGGACUUCUAUAAACGUUCCACUGCUCUUGAGUUCCUCUCAUGAUAAAAAUAGAACUUCUCAAACUUCUUUUAAAGAUGUUUAUACAUUAGCCUCUAUCCUUACGUUUUUAAUUUGGUUGAAUUUAGUGAUCUUUUGGAAAGUAACUGGUGGUAUUGAAGCAAAAAUUACAGAAUGGACGUCAAUUCCCUUAGCUUGUUAUGCUGUUGUUUUUGUAAUUAUAUUAUGUCCUUUCAACGUUCUUAAAAGGAAAGAAAGAGCAAAUUUUUUGAGUGAAGUAUUACCCGCGGACGUAAUAAUGGCCGAUAUUUUAACUAGUUUUGCAAAAGUAUUUGGUGAUUUAUAUGUCACGGGAUGUAUUUUAUUAUUUUACGAUGUUGAUCAAGAAGGCUAUUCAGGAAAUAGAUGUUGGAGUUAUAUAAUAGCUCCUUUAUUUACCAGCUUUCCAUACGCUAUUAGGUUUAGGCAGUGUAUGACGGAAUACAUUCGUUCCAAAUAUAGUAAUAGACGUCAUUUAUUUAAUGCUUUUAAAUACUGUUCGGCAUUUCCUGUUAUAUUAUUGUCAGCAUUACAAAAAUGGUAUAAAUUCGAGUCACUAACUCAUCCGUCAGUUAUCUGGAUUGCACCUCCCAUCUUAUUUAAAUUAUGGGUAAUCUCGGUAGCUUUUAAUUCUAUGUAUUCUUUUUAUUGGGAUGUUGUAAUGGAUUGGAAAUUAGAUUUCUUUUCACCAACGAUUCCAGGUGCUUUUAUGCCUAGUUUUAAACUUCGAACGCGUCUACCUUUGCAUUUUAAUGAACGCGUUAUAUAUUACAUAGCAAUAUUCGUAAACUUUUUACUUAGAUUUACAUGGUCAUUAAAAUUAUCAUCUCAUUUACAUAUUAUACAUAAAUUACAAGCUAGUGUAUUUUUAAUGGAAAUUUUCGAAGUUAUACGACGUUGGUUAUGGAUUUUUUUCAGAAUGGAAAGUGCUUAUGUGGAAGAGAAAUUUGAUAAGGAAGGUGGUGUUUAUGAUUAUGAUCCUUUAACUAUUAAUAUGACAGAGAUCGGGGGUCCUUUGAUAGUUGAUGAACUUUAA